GUUUUGGAAGAUGACGUGUCGCUGAGGAGCCUCUUCUGCCUCUCUCUUUCCUCAAGCUGAGCCACACAGGAGCUGCUCAGCGGCUACACGACACCAAAAUCCGUCUGGAGCUCGACACACAGCAACAUGGGCAUUAAAUUUCUGGAGGUGAUAAAACCAUUUUGUGCAGUAUUACCAGAGAUCCAGAAACCUGAGAGACGGAUUCAGUUCAGAGAGAAGGUGUUAUGGACAGCCAUCACCCUGUUCAUCUUCCUGGUGUGCUGCCAGAUUCCCUUAUUUGGCAUCAUGUCAUCGGACUCUGCAGAUCCUUUUUACUGGAUGAGAGUCAUUCUCGCUUCCAACAGAGGUACUUUGAUGGAGUUGGGUAUCUCUCCUAUUGUCACCUCUGGUCUCAUCAUGCAGCUGCUGGCUGGAGCUAAAAUCAUUGAGGUUGGAGACACCCCAAAAGACAGAGCACUCUUUAAUGGCGCCCAGAAACUGUUUGGAAUGAUUAUAACCAUUGGCCAGGCUAUUGUCUAUGUGAUGACUGGCAUGUAUGGAGAUCCAUCAGAGAUGGGUGCUGGCAUCUGUCUGCUUAUCAUCAUUCAGUUGUUUGUGGCAGGGUUGAUUGUGCUGUUGCUGGAUGAGUUGCUGCAGAAGGGCUAUGGUUUGGGCUCCGGUAUCUCUCUCUUCAUUGCCACCAACAUUUGUGAAACCAUUGUAUGGAAAGCCUUCAGUCCAACUACAGUCAACACAGGCAGAGGCACUGAGUUUGAGGGUGCUGUUAUUGCUCUGUUUCACUUGCUGGCCACUCGUACUGACAAAAUCCGGGCACUGAGAGAGGCUUUUUACAGGCAGAACCUGCCCAACCUCAUGAACCUCAUCGCUACCGUAUUUGUCUUCGCUGUGGUUAUAUAUUUCCAGGGCUUCAGAGUUGAUCUGCCCAUCAAGUCUGCACGUUACCGUGGACAGUACAAUACAUAUCCCAUUAAGCUUUUUUACACCUCUAAUAUUCCCAUCAUCCUGCAGUCUGCACUGGUGUCCAACCUGUAUGUCAUCUCUCAGAUGCUCUCUACUCGCUUUAGUGGCAACUUCCUGGUCAACAUGCUGGGCACUUGGUCUGACACCUCAACUGGCGGGCCAGCUCGUGCUUACCCUGUAGGUGGUCUGUGUUAUUACCUCUCCCCUCCGGAGUCAUUUGGCUCAGUCCUAGAGGAUCCAGUCCAUGCUGUCAUUUACAUCGUCUUCAUGCUGGGAUCCUGCGCUUUCUUCUCAAAGACAUGGAUUGAGGUGUCUGGAUCUUCUGCCAAAGAUGUUGCAAAACAGCUUAAAGAACAGCAAAUGGUGAUGAGGGGACACAGAGACACCUCAAUGGUGCAUGAACUCAACAGGUACAUCCCCACAGCUGCAGCUUUUGGAGGACUGUGCAUAGGUGGCCUCUCCGUCAUGGCUGAUUUCCUGGGGGCCAUCGGCUCAGGAACAGGAAUCUUGCUGGCCGUCACCAUCAUCUACCAGUACUUUGAGAUCUUUGUAAAGGAACAAAGUGAAGUUGGCAGCAUGGGUGCCCUGCUCUUCUGAACAAAAAUAAGCCCUCAACAGGCACCUUGGACUGCCACAUUUCCAUUUGUUAUUCAGUUCUUUUUAUAUAAUAAUUGUUUUAUCAUAUGGACACAAUCAGUGCUCUGCCACUGAUGCUACAAGGCAUUUGUGCUUUUUUUUUCCAAAAGCCGUCACAGAAUUCAACAUAGGAAUGUCCCCGUCCCCGUCUUGCUUACGGGGCAUCUAUUUAUCUCCAUCUAGUCAGAGAGUACACUACCUGCUGCAUUUUAAUCCGGCUAGUAAUGGUUAAAAGCACAGAUGGUUAAUGUCGCGGAAUUGGCUGAACCCUGUGACUUGGACAUGCAAAGAAUAAGUUGGUUCCUCCAACAUAGUUUUAAACCAGUGCCAGUGUAUGUGUGUUCAGGUAACUGCAGUGUCAUGUCAUGGAGACUGUUAAUUGAUCUGAUGUAAAUAAAACUUUUUUUGACAAAA